CAAAUUUAAAAUUAAGGUUAUAUUUUGUAAUUAAUCCAUGGAUAAAAUUUUUAGAUUUUAAUUUUUAUUCAAUUUAAGGGUAAUAAAAGGAAGAAAUUAUAUUUAAAUUUUCAUGUAAUUACACUAAAUUAAGUAUUGCAAAGGCGUUAUCAACUGUUAUACCUAUCUAAUAAGUAAUUGCUAUGGCUCUAGCAAAUAGAGCUUUAUUGCAGACCACUGCUCCGUUACUAUUAAGCAGACGAUUUCGUGGCAAAAUAAAUGUCCAGAAGCCUCGCAAGCCUCACUUUGGAAGGCAAAUUUUAAUUGAUAUCUCAAAACCAUAUUUUGGUCCACCUAAGUCAAUGUUGCCUGAUAUUAUGACAUGUGAGAAAGUCAAAGAUACCAUGGCAAAGAAGGAGAUAGACAAUCCUUUUGAAAGAAUCUUGGCCAAUGAAUGUCUCGAUUGGUUCAACACCUCAAAAAUGGUUGUAUUUUUACACGUAAACUCCAUAAGUAUGGAGGAUAAAACCCCAGUCUUUGCAGCGUUGAAGAAAAAUGACAUGCAUCUAAGAACAUAUGGAAAGAAAAUUGUCAGUAUGGCAACUAAAGGAACUCGUUAUGAUGCUGUCAAUCAACUAUUUACUUCACAUCAAAACAUUAUAUUUGGUCAGCCAGAAAAUGCUGCAAAAAUGUUUAAAAUUCUUAAAAAAACACCACAGCUGAUUGUCAUGGCUGGCAUAAUUCAAGAUAAGUUACUAUCUAAAAAUGAUUUGGUAGAGUUCAGUAAACUCCCAAGUCUGGAUGUGGCUCGGAGUCAACUGUGUUCUGUUCUCCAAAGUGCUGGCUCCUGUCUUGUGGGGCAACUCAACCAAAACCAACAGAUGCUUGUGUCACAUCUUGACAAACAUAUAGAAAUACAAAGCAGCCCAACUCCAGAAGAUAACAAGACAGAUAUAAAAGUAGAGAGUUAAGAUGUAGAUUGUAAUAUUGAUGUAUUUAGGGCUAUUAAGAGAAAUAUACAUAUUAAUGUU